AUGGCGGAUCCCAAGGAACCAGCUAUUUCCGCUUCCUUUAUUAGUCACUUGCGGCAGUCUUCGCGGAUCACGUGCCCCAUGGUGGGUUGUGAAGACCAAUAUCCUGCAAUUGAUGAUAGAAUACGGGAUCACUUCAAAUCAAAACACGGCGAAUUCAUACAAGGAAAAGAUUUUAGCAGUCUCAUACGCGAUGUGAAGAAGGGACGGAUUCCUGGGUCCAGGGGCGUUGAGCCUUUGUCUAUAAGAGAUCCCGGAGGCGGCGGCUCAUCUGGGGCUCAAGGGAUGCCGGAUGAAGCUGGUCCAAGUGCGUAUAAGAGGCGUAAUUCCCCAGGAAAGCAACCAAGGCCUCAGUCGAACAGCCCACCUAGGAGGUCCCGGGCCCGCCCUGACCCUGAUUUUACUCGAAGAGCCCCUCAGCAGGGCAAGUUGUGGCAUCCAGAGGAAGACCCUAGCUCGUCACCCUAUCGGACAAAGCAAAGUUCAUCUAAGCCACUCAAGCAUACGCCAGCUCCCAAAUCAGCCGACGCUUAUGAGGAAGAUAGUGAGGCCCUUCGACUUAUCAAGCAGCCCGAGACCCGGCCUAUCAGUCAGGAACAGUUAGUCGCAGAAGUGAAAGGCAUCUACGCUGGGCUGAUGAUGGUCGAAUCGAAAUGUAUUGAGGUUGAUAACGCACAGUCUUCUAACGUUGAAACUAAAUUAAAUAACGAACAGUGGCAAGCCCUGAUAGCUCUGCAUCGUACGUUGCUGCACGAGCAUCAUGACUUCUUUUUAGCAUCUCAGCAUCCCUCUGCGAGUCAAGCGUUAAAAAGAUUAGCUUCAAAAUACGCAAUGCCCGCUCGGAUGUGGCGACAUGGAAUUCACAGUUUCCUCGAAUUGUUACGGCAUCGUCUUCCGGAGUCUCUCGAGCAUAUGCUAACGUUCAUUUACUUGGCAUACUCGAUGAUGGCUCUUCUAUACGAAACGGUCCCGGCUUUUGAGGAUACGUGGAUUGAAUGUCUAGGCGAUCUGGGUAGAUACAGGAUGGCUAUAGAAGACGAGGAUAUCAGAGAUAGGGAAGUUUGGACAUCGGUUUCCCGGCAUUGGUAUUCGAAGGCUUCUGAUAAAGCACCGACAACAGGUCGUCUCUAUCAUCAUCUUGCCAUUUUGGCCAGGCCGAACGCUCUUCAGCAACUCUUCUUUUAUACUAAAUCAUUAUGUGUGCCAAUACCCUUUGGUUCGGCUAAGGAGUCAAUCAUGACUCUAUUUGACCCAAUCCUCGGGAUUGGUAAUUAUCAUCAUAACCGCCUAAUUCCUAUUGACGUGGCGUUUGUUAAAACUCACGGUAUCUUAUUCAGCCAUAAAAAAUUAGAUAUCUUCCGCCCUGUUGCAAGUGAAUUCUUAGGGGCGUUGGAUAACCAUAUCGGUCGAAUUGCGAAGCGUUGGAUGGAGGCAGGCUACUACAUCGCGAUCGCUAAUUGCUGCGCUCUUCUAUCAUAUGGGAAAGAUGACAAUAUCAUCAUGAGGGCGAUUCAGAGCCAGGGGGACGAGAAACAGGAUUCAGCUGCGGGAUCAGGAGCUGAUACUUUGAAUCCAUCGAGGGAUUUCGAAGAUGCACUGUACCUUGCCAUGGGAACACAUGAAGUAGUCUUCAAGCGGUGCGACGACGCCAACGUGUUACCGUAUACUCACGUCAUCAUGGUGUUCAUUUUUUACCUCAUACGUUUUCCUAACGUUAUGGAACAUCUUGAGCCUCAAUUUCCAUGGAAAUUGCUUUCAAUCCUGCUCAAUGGGCUCCUUGCUACCUAUAACAGCUACGAUCGCAUCCGCAGCGCUGAGUUCCCAAGGGAGAGCAAUGACCCUCCCCGGCCCGUGCCAGAGGACUUCGCCCUCGAGGGCCUUCUCUUCGUCGACAGCUAUUUUCCCUCAGAUUGGUUCGUCAAUGAUAAGAUUGACGACGAUGAGAAGUACUUCGAGAUGGCCUCGAUGACGGAUGUCAGGAAGGAGAGAAUAUUAUGGUUGGGUUACAAGAUCGCCCAAUCUGGUAGAGGGUUAACAUACGACGAAGGAACAAAUACGUUCGGUGUAUUUCCUCAGUAUGAGAAGGAAAUGGAUGCGAUCUCCAGAAAUGCUAAUAGCAUGAAUAUUUCGGACGAGGCGGGAGAUGCAAUGGAUAUCGAUGAAGCACCAGCAACCACAACACGGUAG